AAAGAAACAAUGAAGGAAAAACUUCGCAAGGCAUUCCACGAAAAACGUCUUGGUCUACCUCAAUCCGAUCCUAGUGUUCCUCUAUUUGUAGAUCACAGGGAGGAGUCCUUUGGUGAUCAUAAGAAUUUAGGCGAAGAUAAGUUGCAUAAGAAUGCGCAAUCACCUACAGAACAGGCAGUGGAAAAUAUUUCUUUGGGUACUCAAAACAUAGUCAUUGGAAGCGCUCUAAAACGUGGUCCGGACGGAGAACUUAUAAUGCCUUUGAAUGUUCAAAGCCGAUGGAUUCAAGAAAUCUUAAAAAAACAUUGUGUGGUUCACAGUAAUUUAGGAAAAACUCGAGCUGAAUAG